GCGGGCGCAGCCGGCGCGGCGCUGCCCGCCGCCGCCGCCGCGCGUCCCCGGUGCGCCCCACGUGCCGCCGCCGCCAUGGGCGUGCUGCCGGUGCCGGCGGAGGUGCGCGCCAUCCUGCUGGACAUCGAGGGCACCACCACCCCCAUCGCCUUCGUGCAGGAGACCUUGUUCCCUUACAUCAAAGACAACGUGAAGGAGUAUCUGCGUGCUCACUGGGAGGAGGAGGAGUGCCAGCGGGAUGUCGGGCUUCUGAGGAAACAGGCUCAGGAGGACUCCAGCCUGGACGGGGCCGUGCCCAUCCCUCUGGAGAGCGGCAGCGGGGAGGAGGAGCUGGAGCGCGUCAUCCAGGCCGUUGUGGACAACGUGCACUGGCAGAUGUCCCUGGACAGGAAAACCACGGCACUGAAGCAGCUGCAGGGCCACAUGUGGAGGGCAGCCUAUGCCACCGGGCACGUCAAAGGAGAAAUCUUUGAGGACGUGGUUCCAGCCAUCCGGAAGUGGCGGGAAGCAGGGAUGAAGGUUUAUAUCUACUCUUCAGGCAGCGUUGAAGCCCAGAAGCUUCUGUUUGGAUACUCUACAGAAGGUGAUAUCCUAGAGCUCUUUGAUGGCCACUUUGAUACCAAAAUAGGCCCCAAGGUAGAAAGUGAGAGCUACAGGAGGAUUGCUGCCAGUAUUGGGUGUGCCACCAACAACAUCCUCUUCCUGACAGAUGUCCCUCGAGAAGCCAAUGCGGCCGAGGAGGCGGACACUCACGUGGCUGUGGUGAUCAGACCGGGCAACGCAGGACUGACGGACGAUGAGAAAUCCUAUUACAGCCUCAUCUCGUCUUUCACUGAACUUUUCUUGCCUUCCUCCACUUAGGGAAAGCGGUGCAUGCACAAAAGACUGUGCUUCACCUAAUUGUCCUUGUGAAAUGUAAGGUCAUUUUGUCCAUAAUCAGAAUUUCAAACCAAAUCCACAUUAUGUCUUGGGCCUCAUGCAGGCAGGUAUGGAUGGAGAGUAUGCUGUGGGGUCCCUUGUGCAGUAGGACAGAGGCCUGCUGCCAGCUGGAGCUGGGAACAGGGCAAGGAGCAGCCUGGCUAGCAGUUAGCUAAGGGAAUGCUUCCUUCAGACUCAUCCACUGAAAUCUGGUGCUGAGAUGCCCCACCAUGAGCUCUGUAAUUUUUAGAAGCAGUCUGCAAACAAGGUUUAUGUCCCCUUGUCCCAGAGGGAGUGCUGGGGACCACGGGGAGAUAUGUGAGCUUCUCCCUGCAAACAGAAUUUCUGGCUAAGUUAAAAACAUUCACAGUUAGGAUUCCCAAAGGGAAAUGCCAACUGUGGGCUAUAAAACAGCAGGAUUGGGCUGCCACAGAAGAAGCCAGCCCUUGCUGCAGGCAGGCUCUUUAGACAAGGAGCAGUGUGUAUCUUGGCUGUGUCUGCAGCAGCUCUAGGUACGAAACAGUACAACUUGCAUAGAGCUCCACAGCCAGCCUACCCAGAAUGAAGCUGAGUAUAUAUAAAUACAGCUUUAAAAAUUAAAUUCUGGACACACUUCACUGCUGCAUCAUGGUGCUGGGCUAUGGGAUACAACUGUCUGAACCCCAAAUCAGCUUGACAGCAUUUCUGAAGUAUCUCAGCACUGACCCACAGAGCUCCUCCUCCAGCCAAGAUCACCCAGUCACUCAUUAUAGCACUGGUCAGCUGUGAGCAAACCUUGACAAACUGCUCUCGAGGGCAGACAUCCUGCUGCAUUUGAUGAGAAUUAAACCCCUGACCUUUUCACCUUACCUAAAUUGUGCCAAUGUAGAUCAGAUGGUCAUGGAACUUUUCCUAAUGUAGUAAAUAAAAACACAACUUUGCUUUCAUUGUGUUCACUCCAUCAUGGCAUUUAGCCUUCCUGUCUUAGCACCAGUGAUCCCAGCACCUAAAAGGCAAAUUUUAUUAUUUUAUUUCUAAACCUGUGAACACUGUGUUCCUGUUUUCACUUUCCCCAGUCCUUUAAGGCAGCAGCCUUGUCCUGCUGAGGAAGCUGUACUACCUCCCUGACCAUUUCAGGAUUUCAGUUGUGGCUCAGUGCAGGAGUGAGAGCCACAGGUGGGUUACACCUGGUAGUAGUGGAGCCAGAGGCAGUCUGAAACUCCUGUCUGAAAUCCUGUUCCCCCAUUCCCUGCUGCUGGCACUUCAUGCACGGGUGUCUUGCCCUCACAGCCAGCCAAUACAGGAGGUGCUUGCUGCCUUCCUGAUCCCUGACCUACACCUACAGCUGUCCCUGUUGAGGGAGGCUGAUGGGUAAAGAACAAUGAAGAGACAAGCACUUGGGGAGGAAACCACAUUGUGCCAGCAUGGCCCUUCUAAAAAUUUAACAGUAGCAGGUCAGGCUGUGGGGCAGCUAGUCCAGAUGCCUUUCUGGGCUGUGCAAAGGGUGUGAUGCUGCUCCUAGAAAGAGCCUGCUAAUUAGUGCUGUUACAGUAAGUGUAUCUGCAUGGCUGAAUGGUCCCUGGCUUCCUUAAGUGAUAAUGUUAAUCAUUACACUGUAAAUAAAUACUCACCUUUUGUUUUGCCUUUGCCAUCAGAAAGCUAUGCUUGGGGUAGGGACAAAAAUAAAGCUCACUUUCUCCAUAAAAGCACUUUA